AUGGCCGGGUGGGCUGUCUCGGGCUUUCAACAGCAAAGUCCCAAAAGGGGCGACAACAAACUUGUGACAACUGUGGCAGACCGCCAAGCGAUCAGGGACCAGCCAACAGAAAGGGAAAGGAAAGCGCAGAGACCAGCAAAACAGCAAAACAGCGAGCGACAGACUCGACAGACACCGAUCAGUUACAGAGAUUCAGCGCCAACCCGCGGUUGGACCUCUCUACCAAUUUCAACCCAAAACUUGAUAUGA